UUGCACGCGAUACGCAAUUAGAGGCAUUCUUUCAAUGAACAGAGGAGUUAAACAUGUGGAGGAGGAAAAGAAGGAGGAGGAGGAGGAUCUCGACAUCGAGAAGGAAGACUGCAAUAUCGAAGAGGAUGAUGAAUACAUUGACAGAGAUUGUGCAGUAGAUUGGGAUUCUUUACCAAUUUAUGAUGAUUAUCUUGAUGAAAAUAAAGUCAUAUACAUACAAGGUGAGCCCAUAGCCCACAUUGUUGAUGAGACUUUAUAUGUUCAAGCACAAGAGGUUACUGAUUUUAUUGAUUACAAUCAUACAUUAGUACAAUUAGUUUGUUCAGCAGUAGAUGAGUUCUCUAUUGAUGAACGAAGUUUCAAUCUAAUAAAGCUUGAACUUGAAACAUUAAAUACUAUGAUUUCAUUGGGGUUGAUGAGCUUCUCUCAAAUUGGGUUUGAUGAGAUAGACCAUAAUAUUGAGGAUGAGAUGAAAAAUCUGUUUGCUGGACAUAGAAGGAGGAAGGAGAAGCCCUUGGUUUCAUACAAUUCAAGUAGAUGGGAAUUCAAAGGUUGUCUACAACCUGAAGAAUUCCUAGAUUGGAUUGUUGUGGUUGAAGAGAUUUUGGAGUUUAAGGAGGUGCCACAAGACAAGAGAGAUUAUUUGGUGGCUACCAAAUUCAAAGGAUGUGCUGCAUCAUGGUGGCAACAAUUAAAGCAAGGCCGCAUUUGCCAAGGUAAAUAUAAAAUCAAUACUUGAGAAAAAUUGUUGAAACAUAUACGUGCUACAUUCUUGCCCCAUAAUUAUAUGCGUACAUUAUAUCAACAGCUACACAAUUUUAGACAAGGUACACAAUCUAUAGAUUAUACUUCGUGAGUUUUAUCAACUUGUAGCUAGAGUUGACCUUGCAAAUUCGGAAGAUCAAUUAGUUUCAUGUUAUAUUGGGGGCAUGAGGUAACAAUUUUAAGAUACUUAGAAUUUCCUUGAUUCGAUUUUUGUAUCUAAAGCUCAUAAGAGAGCCUUGCAUUUAGCGAAGACGAUGAAUAGGACUAAUAUGGUUUCAAAUAGUGGUGGCAGCUAAUUACCCCCAGUAGCUCCUCCUCAUGAUGCAACUAUACAAUCUACACAAGGAAAAGACCAAGUUAAUCAAGCUAAUCCAUAAACCAACCACACUGCAACUAGUAGUUCUGCCCCUCGAUGUUUCAAGUGUGGUGAAGCAGGGCAUAGAAUGGCUAAUUGCAAGAAGGGUGGCCGGUAUGGUAAGGGUUUAUUUAUUGAGAGUGAAGAAUGUACUGAUGAUCAUUUAAAUACCUUUGAGCAAGAAGUUGUUUAUGAUGCCGAAGAGGAAGCGGAAGAGGAGUAUGUGCAAGGAGAUGAUGGCCCUUUUUUAGUUAUGAGAAGGGCAUGUUUCACAUCUUGCAAAUUUGAAGGUGAGGAUUGGCUCCAAAUAAAUAUCUUUCAAAAUACAUGUACUAUUGGGGGCAAGGUAUGUAGACUUGUCAUGGAUUCUGGAAGCUGUGAGAAUGUGGUAUUAGAAGAGGCUGUUCGAAAACUGGGAUUAACAACAGAGAAACUCCCUAACCCUUACAAACUAUCUUGGCUCAAAAAGGGUAAUGAGGUAACUAUAUCUAAAUGUUGCUUGAUAUCAUUUUCUAUUGGGAUGAAAUAUAAAGAUAAUGCAUGGUGUGAUGCGGUAGUUAUGGAUGCAUGUCAUCUUCUUUUAGGUAGACCAUGGCAAUAUGAAAGUAGGAUUCAAUAUGAUGGUAGAAAGAAUACAUACAGUUUCAUGUUUGGUAUGUGAUACCCACCUACUCAUGGUGAUAUCUACUAGUAUGUGACACAAAUUAGGGUUAUUUAAUUAUUAAUUGGUGUUUUUUUUUUUUAAAGUAAUUAUUGAUUGGUAGGUUAUACAAGCACUUAGUGUGUUUGAACCCAUGACCUCACCCUUCACCAAUUUAUGAAAGGAGGAAAUGACUCUUAAGCUAGAGCUCAUUCAAAGCAUAGGGUUUUUGUUUUUAUUUUUGUAAGGAGAUUGAACCUAAGCCAACUUCAGGAGGGGGUAAGAAUCUCUUAGCUAAAAGGGCAUUUGUUAAAGAGAUUUUAAUUGAACUUGUAAAAGCAAAUAAAUCCUAAUUCCACUAGGAGAGAGAAAACAACAUAAAAUAUUAAAAUAUUUUUUUCUCCCUUAACUAGUCUAUAUCAAGCAGCCAUCAAACGCCAUAAGGUGCACCUAGUGGUAGAGCGUUUGACUCAAACUGAAGGGACGAACUACCAUGAAAACUUUGCUCCAAUUUCCAAUUUUGUCAUUGUCAAGUGUGUUUUGGUUGUCACCAUUAAAAACUGGACCUUGCGUCAACUUGAUGUUGACAGUGCCUUCUUACAUGGAAAACCUCUAUAAAAAUGUUUACAUGAACCCCCUACUAGGUGUUCGCACUCAAGGGGAUCACAUGGUAUGCCACCUUCAAAGUCCUUAUAUGGCCUCAAACAAGACUUACAAAAUUGGUUUGAGAAAUUUUCUUCAAUUCUUCGCCUUGUAGGGUUCAACAGCCUCAUUGUGACUAUUCCUUGUUCACAACUAUAAACUUGAUGUCUACAAUGCCUUCUUACAUGGAAACCUCUAUGAAAAAGUUUACAUGAACCCCUACUGGGUGUUUGCACUCAAGGGAUCACAUGUUAUACCACCUUCAAAAGUCCUUAUAUGGCCUCAAACAAGACUAAUGGAAACCUCUAUGAAAAAGUUUACAUGAACCCCUACUGGGUGUUUGCACUCAAGGGGAUCACAUGUUAUACCACCUUCAAAAGUCCUUAUAUGGCCUCAAACAAGACUAAUGGAAUUGGUUUGAGAAAUUUUCUUCUGUUCUUCGCCUUGUAGGGUUCAAUAGCCUUAUUACGACUAUUCCUUGUUCACAAUUGUCGGAAGUUCUUUCAUUACAAUUGUGUUAGUUUAUGUUGAUGAUAUCAUAUUACCAUUAAUCACACUCAUGCCAUUAGUUCUUGAAGGCGUUUCUACAUAGUUGUUUUCACAUUAAAGACCUUGACCCCUUAAAAUAAUUAAUUGGCAUUGAAGUUGCUUGCUCUAAACAUGAGUUUUUGCAUAUAUGAACUUUACUUUCGGCUAAUGCAUUCUAUUGUCUUCCAAAUCCUCCACCCAUCUUGCAACCUAUUAUGAUUCUAAUUGUGUUGCUUAUUGAACUACUCACUGAUCUGUUACCAGCUAUAGUAUUUUCCUUCCUAACAACCCCAUUUCUUGGAAGAGCAAAACGCAAACUACUGUCUCUCGCUAUUGUCUUCCUUAUCCUCCACCCAUCUUGCAACCUAUUAGAGCAUUAGCAUCCAAGAUUCUAAAAAAUAUCUCAUUUUACCAUCUCAAAAGCUACUUUAUCUAUUAUACAAUACCACUUUACAACACACCCAACAUCCCAAACUCUAAUUUUUUUCCACUUUAUUUAAAUAUUCUUUUUUUUAAAACUAUCUUCUCUCUCUCU